AUCCACACCCGACUUACAUCGAGAAGAUAAAAUGACUUGCACAGUUACACCAGGAGCACAUGGAUGAAGGGAUGAACUGCUGCUCAUGCGUAGAGGCGUGACGGACAGUGCCAAAGCACUGGGUGCGAGCGGAGCGUCCAUUUCCUCACAUAGUCCUCACAGUCUUCCUUCCGCUUGCUCUUGGAGUCUUUUUAAAGGGUCUCUGAAGAAGCAAAAAUUCUUGAAUUGCCGCUCUCUACUCCUCACCAAAAAUCGUACUUUUUCUUACCACUCGAUCAGGAAGAGAAGUAUAAUUGGUAAAAGAUUUGGUGGGGAAACUUUUGCGGUUUCUAAGAUGGCUGGGAAUAGGACAAAUGAAACUUCGGAUGAGAGAUCUGGGAAUAUGAUUUUUGAGCCUAUUCUAGAGGAAGGAGUCUUCCGAUUUGAUUGCUCUGCAGAAGACCGGAAUGCAGCAUAUCCAAGUUUUUCUUUCUUAGAUCAAAAGGCAAGGGAGACACCACUUAUGAGUGGUCACAAAGCUCCAUUAUAUACUCCUACUUUUGAAUGUGUAAUGGGGCAACAAGUCGUCAACAUUAAGCUUCCACUAGGUACUUCAUUCUAUGGUACAGGAGAAGUUAGUGGCCAGCUUGAAAGAACGGGUAAAAGGGUAUUCACCUGGAAUACUGAUGCGUAUGGUUAUGGUCCUGGGACUACCUCCUUGUACCAAUCACACCCUUGGGUGCUGACUAUUCUUCCCAGCGGAGAGGCACUAGGGGUUUUGGCAGAUACAUCACUGCGAUGUGAGAUUGACUUGAGAAUAGAAACCAAUAUCAAGUUUAUUGCAGCGGGGCCAUAUCCUGUUAUUACAUUUGGCCCCUUCGCUUCUCCAACGGAUGUUCUUGUAACUUUGUCACAUGCAAUUGGGACUACUUUUAUGCCUCCAAAAUGGUCAUUGGGUUAUCAUCAAUGUCGUUGGAGUUACAUACCUGAUGCACGAGUUUGUGAGAUAGCAAGGACAUUUCGUGAGAAAAAAAUUCCUUGUGAUGUCAUAUGGAUGGACAUAGACUACAUGGAUGGUUUUCGGUGUUUCACAUUUAACCAGGAACAUUUUCCUGAUCCAAAAUCCCUUGUGCAUGAUCUCCAUCAAAGUGGUUUCAAAGCCAUUUGGAUGAUUGAUCCUGGCAUCAAGUGCGAAAAGGGUUAUUUUGUCUAUGACAGUGGAUGUGAAAAAGAUCUUUGGAUUCAAACAGCUGAUGGCAAGCCUUUUGUGGGUGAUGUGUGGCCUGGACCUUGUGUAUUUCCCGAUUUCACACACUCAAAUGUCCGGUCAUGGUGGGCUGGUUUGAUUAAAGAUUUCGUCUCUAAUGGUGUUGAUGGAAUAUGGAAUGAUAUGAACGAACCAGCUGUUUUUAAGACUCUAACAAAGACAAUGCCUGAGACCAAUAUUCAUAGAGGAGAUGAUGAAUUUGGAAGCAGACAAAAUCACUUGUAUUACCACAAUGUCUAUGGCAUGCUGAUGGCCAGAUCUACAUUUGAAGGGAUGAAGCUAGCUGAUAGUAAUAAGCGGCCCUUUGUUCUAACACGAGCAGGAUUUAUUGGUAGCCAAAAGUAUGCUGCAACAUGGACAGGAGAUAACCUCUCCACAUGGGAGCAUCUUCACAUGAGUAUCUCCAUGGUUCUGAACCUGGGCCUUAGUGGUCAACCACUAUCUGGACCAGAUAUAGGAGGGUUUGCUGGCAAUGCAACUCCAAAACUGUUUGGAAGGUGGAUGGGCAUUGGUGCCUUGUUUCCAUUUUCUCGUGGGCAUUCUGAAGCUGACACGACCAAUCAUGAACCUUGGUCCUUCGGAGAAGAGGGCCUUAGUGGUCAACCACUAUCUGGACCAGAUAUAGGAGGGUUUGCUGGCAAUGCAACUCCAAAACUGUUUGGAAGGUGGAUGGGCAUUGGUGCCUUGUUUCCAUUUUCUCGUGGGCAUUCUGAAGCUGACACGACCAAUCAUGAACCUUGGUCCUUCGGAGAAGAGUGUGAGGAAGUUUGCCGCCUUGCAUUGAUGAGACGUUAUCGUCUUUUACCACACAUAUAUACUCUCUUUUAUAUGGCACAUACAAGAGGCACUCCUGUGGCUACACCGACAUUUUUUGCUGACUUGAAAGAUCAAGAGUUGAGAAAACUUGAGAACUCGUUCAUGCUAGGAUCCCUUCUUGUACAUGCAAGUACGGAGCAUGAUAAGGAGGUGGACCAAGUUCAGAGGAAACUGCCAAAUGGCAUAUGGUUAAGCUUUGAUUUUGAAGAUUCACAUCCGGAUUUACCAGCGUUAUACCUUCGAGGUGGAUCAAUUAUUCCUGUAGGUCUUCCAUAUCAGCAUGUUGGUGAAGCUAACCCUACAGAUGAUUUAUUUCUUCUUGUGGCUCUUGAUGAACAAGGUAGAGCAGAAGGUUUUCACUAUGAAGAUGAUGGUGAUGGGUAUGACUAUACCAAUGGUGGAUACCUUUUGACAACCUAUAUUGCUGAACUUCUGUCUUCAGUUGUUACCUUGAGGGUAGCCAACACUCAAGGAUCAUGGAUAAGGCCAAAGCGCCGUUUACAUGUAAAGCUAUUACUUGGUGAAGGGGCUAUGCUUGAUGCAUGGGGUACUGAUGGAGAGACGAUAAAAAUAUCAAUGCCACCGGAGAAUGCUGUGUCUGGUUUGAUAUCGGCAAGUCAAAAGAACUACCAGCUUAGAAUGGAAAAAGCAAAACGUAUCCCAGAUGUAAAUAGUCUCUGUAAGGAAAGAGGAGCUGAACUUGCAAGAGUACCGGCUGUAUUGAAAGGUGGGGAGUGGGAGCUGAAAUUGGUGCCGUGGAUUGGUGGUAGAAUAGUAUACAUGGAGCAUCUUCCUUCCGGAAAUCAAUGGCUUCACAGCCGAGUAGAUAUAAACGGGUACGAAGAAUAUAGUAGCCUUGAGUACAGGUCUGCUGGGUGCACAGAAGAGUAUUCUGUCAUUGAAAGGAAUGUAGAGCAGGCAGGAGAAGUCGAAUCUCUUGCCUUACGAGGAGAUAUUGGUGGUGGGUUAGUCAUGGAGCGAUGCAUAUCUUUGCCAAAAAACGACCCUAAGGUUUUCCGGAUCGACUCUAGCAUUGUUUCCAGUAAUGUGGGAGCUGGUUCUGGAGGAUUUUCUAGGCUUGUCUGCUUGCGUAUACAUCCAAUGUUUACACUGCUUAACCCAACCGAAUCAUAUGUGUCCUUUACAUGUGUUAAUGGGUUGAAGCAUGAAAUCUGGCCACAAUCUGGUGAGCAGCAAAUCUUUGAAGGGGAUCUUCUCCCAAAUGGAGAAUGGAUGCUUGUGGACAAAUGCCUUGGCUUAUCUUUGGUGAACCGAUUCAAUGUCGAUCAAGUUAAGAAAUGUAUGGUGCAUUGGGGCUGUGGGACAGUUAAUUUAGAGCUCUGGUCAGAAGAAAGGCCUGUUUCUAAGGAAUCGCCUCUUAAGGUUUCGCAUGAGUACAAGGUGACGAAAACACCUUAAUUUUUAUGUCCAAAAUAUUGUAGUGAUGAUAUUUGUGGCAUUGUGUUGUGUGUUGGAGGAGAUUUCCUCUAAAUGGAUGAAUAAACCUGCAAGUCUGUAAAGAGAUUGUUUAAUAAUAGCUCACUAUGAUGAACAUGUGUAUUACUGUAUUU